AUGCAACAUAUUGCGGCAUUAGAAAUAUUUGAUUAAGCUAUUUAAAAAUGCCGUUCUGAUAUUAUUAAAUACCAAAUUUAAAGUGAAAAGCUAUUCUUAUUUGUAUUGGUUUGGAUCUUAGAGAAGAACCAUCUAUUUGCAUACAGUUUUACAUAGAAUCACAUUAAAAAAAGUUAAAAUGAAUUGUGCAAAGCUAUUUUAAAUCAGAUAAAUGUUAAAAAUAACAAAUAUAGUCAUUAAAACCUCAUCAAGCAAAAUGAAAGGGAGAGCAAAUAUUUGAAAUUUAAUAAAGAAUCGCAAUCAAGAAAUUAAGAUAAAAAACAUUGGCCUGAUAAUUGUAAUAUUUAAUUAGAUCUACAAUCAGCUAAUCCUCAAGAUUAAAUAAUUUAAGUUUUAAACGAUUAGAGUUACAAAUAAAAUGAAUCAAAGUCUUCUCCAUAUCAAAGAAAAAUAGAGAAAGGCCAAGAUAAUCUUAGAUGCCCUUCUCCUCUAGAUGAAUCUUGUUUAAUUUUCUCAGAAAACAAUAUAAGAAAGAGAAUGGCUUUGAGUCUUUCAAGAGAAGAAGAAUAAGUUUAGUUACAAAGUGGAAAUACUCUAAAAGGAGAACAAAAUAAAUAAAAUGAAAGCAAAUAAGUGGUUCCUAUCUAAUUCAAAUUUGCUAUUGAGCGUGAUAAAAUUUAUGAACAAAAUCUUAACUUACUUAAACAAUGCCCUGAUAUAUUUGAUAUCAGCAUUCAAUAAAAAAAUGAACCACAAUCAAAUUCUAAAAAUAGCCCUGCCAUAAAUAAGAAUCAAAAAAUAUUAAAUUCAGAAGAAAAUAAAAAUGUGCCUCAAAAUAUUUCAAAAAUCGAACAUUUAUUUAAUUAAUUUAAUAAUGGUGGCAUGAAAGAUCAGUAGAAGUAGCAAAAGCUAUACGCCCAAAUAAAUUCUAACUUAAAUUAAGGAAUAAAUUCUACAACUACACCACUUUUACCAUCAACAGUAAUUAAUACUCCCUACCAAAUUGACAAUUCAUACUAAUAAUAAAAUUAUGGAUUAAAUAUAAAUAAUCCUUGUUUGAUCGGCUAAUUUGGAAAUGUAGAAAACACUCACGCUUAUAUUCAUAAUACCAAUCGAGUACCAGUAACUGCUUCAUAGUUCUAACAAAUCCCUAUUAAUCCUAAUACAACCUCAAGCAAUUAUUCCUCUGCUAGUAAUAUUUCUUCUCAAAGAAGUAUGAAUAACAGCAACAGUAAUUGCAUUUAGAAUUAGCAAUAUUCUUAUGAAUAAGAAGCUUCUUUUCAUUAUGAUCCUUUAAAAAAGCAAUUAAAUGGAUUAUUUUAGUAAUACUCAAAUAAUCAGCAACAACCUUCGCCGAAUCAAUAAAAAAUAAACUCUCCCUCCCCUUCUGAAAUAAUUUUAGCUAAAAAUACUUUUUUGACAUCUAAUUAUUAACUACCCUCUUCUCAUCAACAAGAAUAAAUCCCUAUGUAAUAAUAUUGCAAGAUUGUGAACUCAGCAGAAAUAAAUUUAUCUCAAAAUUUAAAUAACCAAAAUUCCUCACAUUAAACCAAAAUAGAUUAAAAGGAUGAUCAUUCAUGUGACACUCAGAAAUCAAAUAUUAUUGAUAGCAAUUUGAUGAAGGCCGUUUCAGAAGAAAUAGAAAGCGUGAAUAACACUAGUAUAAUCAGUGCAACUAAUAACAAUAACUAAAAUUCUAGCACUUCCAAAAAAUAAAAAAAUAAAUAAAAUAAAAUACCAAGUGAUGACACAUACAAUUAUGUUUAAUAACUAUUCCAAAUAGAAGCAAAUGACCAUAACCACUCAAAUUCUAAAAUUUUACAAAAUAGCAACAAUGUCUAAAAUGUAAAUAUGAUUUCAGAAAAAUAAAAAUUAAUCGACGAAAAUCCUAUCUCGAUGAGCUCUUUUAACUCAAAUUCUUCUACUUCUCUAAAACAAAAAAAAUCUCUAAGUAAUGCUAUAGAAGACGAUGCUGCUAUGGCAGAAAAGUCAAAGUAGAAGCUAAAAGAAAAGCAGCUUUUAUAUUUGUGCAAAGAAUUGUCUUAGAACAAAAAAGUUUAGUCUUUAGAAUUAAAGGAAGAAAAGAAUAAAAUCACUUCAGAUAUUAAUUAUAGUUAGAGCUCUUAUAUUAGAUAAUAAUGUGCUAUGAAUGUGUCAGAAGAAGGUGAAGCAAAUCCAAUUUUUAAUUUUUCAAGUAAAAAAAGAUUAAGUCUAAUAUUGUAAUAAAGUCUCAUUUCAAAAAUAGAAGAAGCUCAUCAAGAUUUUUCAACUCCAAAAAAUGUAGAAUAUGAAACCUGCUCUUCGUUAGAUAUAAAUGAAUAGUGA